AUGUCCGCCGACAACCAGAAGCCGAAACAACCUGCGGCCGAGGAUGGCUUCUGGCACAACGGCAACUUCUUUGCCUGGGCACCUCCAGUUACCAAACCUCCACCGGCACGGAUUCCCACUCGACUUGUAGUAGCAGCCAUUCUACAUGACCCUACAAAAGAUGUAGAGGUAGUUACAGAAAGCACAACAAAGGCUCUCGAGAAAGCCACCACCACCGCCGCCGAGGUUCCUGCUCUUCGCCCAGCCACCGACACUGUCAUCCCAGUUCCGACUCCCAAUCAACAGCCCGAGUCCACAAGCACAUCGCAAACAACCGAGUCAAAACCAGAGACAACCACCUUUGUCUCACACAACGGCCACACCUUUGCUUGGGCGCCCGCCGUCACAAACAACGUCAGCCAGACCGUGCAACUACGACCACUUCCCAGCCAUCUGCUCCAACCAUUCAACCCACCCCCGAGCAUAGCUUCUCGCACAAUGGCCAUUCGUAUGCCUGGGCUACGAGAGAGUGUUUGGAUUGGACGCAUCAUCAUCAUCAUCAUCAUUACAUCAUCAUCAUCAUCAUCAUCAUCUGUGACAAAACAACAGUCAGAGCCUCAGUCGAAACCAGACACCAAUAUGAUCGACGAUUUCUCUCACAACGGUCACUCCUUUGCAUGGGCCUCAUCCGAGACCACACGCCAGUCGGAUUCCAGGUCGUUGAUGCCGGCCAUGAUGACGUCGAAGCUGGUGACUGCAAAGUUGGAGCAAAUCCGACAAAGAAUGGCAGAACGUCCUGAAGCCGACAUAGGGGCUUUGGACGCCGCAUUGUCCCGUGCCACAAAUUCUUCGCAACAAGUAAACGAGUGGAGGAAGACGUGGCUGGACGAACUUGUACGAAAGUCACAUACAGAGCCCAAGCGAAAAAGGCUGGAUCUUCAGCAAGAAGCGCUGGAUAUUCAGCAAGAAGCGAUGUGUCUUCAGCGAGAGGCGCAGGGCAGAGCUGGAAUUCCUAUUUCGACAUAUCCACCACCGCAGUCGCACCCUCUGCAGCUCCUAAGCAGCCCGCCCAAACUUUUCAAAGACUUUCAGGGUGAACUUGCCGUGGCCCGACGCCUAGCAGUAUCCAGCAUCACUCGCAGUCAAGAUUUCAGCAGCUGUCGUAUUGAUGAUGAUCUUCACGAAGAACUUCGCAACCUUCGUACCAUACCAACCAGGACAAUGGGCGAGCGCCGCCCGUUAUCUCGCUCUUACCCCCAGCACCAGGCCGCCCCAGUCCAGGACUGGAUCGCCCAACAGACAGCCUUCGAGCCACUCCCCAGCAAUGUCACCGCCGAGCCUCCCAAAGACCUUCCUAGCCGAUAUUCCUUCGACAACAAGAUCGACAAACCCCAAGGCGAUGUUCCCAGUCGAUACUCCUUCACGGCCGAUCCUGUCGCGAACCCGAAAUCAGUUGUCCAAGGCCAAGGCCACAAAGGUCAUUAUCGCUUCAGCGUUCUCACCGAUAAGCUUGUUCGAUUCGAGUGGUCCCAAGACGGCGGCUUCGAAGACCGCGCUUCCACAACGGCAUUCUUCAGGUCUUUCCCUACCCCCGAGUUUCAGGUCGACGAGAACAAAGACAAACUGGAGAUCGUAACAAAAUACUUCCACCUGAGCUACGACAAGAACCAGUUCUCGUCUGACGGUCUGACGGUCAAGGCUGGAAACGAUGUCUGGCACUACGACGGCAAGAGCUAUGGCGAUCUGGGCGGCACUGCAAGAACUCUGGACCGGGCCGACGGGCGCAUCCCUCUCGAGCCGGGUGUCUUGUCUCGCAAAGCCUACGCCGUGCUCGACGACAGCGCCUCCAUGCUGUUCGAAGACGGUUGGAUUGCCACCAGGAAACCUGGCCGCAAGGAUGGCUAUCUCUUUGCCUACCACGGGGAUCACAAAGCAGCCAUCAAGGACUUUUACCGUCUCUCGGGCGGCCAGCCGUUGCUUCCUCGCUGGGCUCUAGGAAACUGGUGGUCUAGAUACCAUGCCUACUCAGACAAGGAAUAUUUGGCGCUCAUGAAGAGGUUCGCAAAUGAGAAUAUCCCCCUCAACGUUGCCGUCAUCGACAUGGACUGGCACAAGGUCAACAUUCCUUCCAAGUACGGCUCCGGAUGGACAGGUUAUAGCUGGAAUCCCGACUUGUUCCCGUUCCCAGAGAACUUCCUCGACAGUCUCCAUAGCAUGGGUCUCAAGGCCACCGUCAAUGAUCAUCCGGCCGACGGAAUCCGCGCCUUUGAGGACCAGUACAAAGUUGUGGCCAAGGCCCUGGGUCACGACAUUUCAAAGGAAGAACCGAUUCGCUUUGAUUGCACCGACAAAAAGUUCCUCGACGCUUACUUUGAUGUCCUCAAGGCCAACUUGGAGGAAGAGGGCAUCGACUUUUGGUGGAUUGACUGGCAACAGGGCAACCGAUCGCGCAUUCCGGGUGUUGACCCCCUCUGGGUGCUCAACCACUACCAUUACCUCACCAGCCGUCGCAACGUCAAGACUACAGCGACGCCCAUCACCUUCUCCCGAUACGCCGGCGCCGGCUCCCAUCGCUACCCCAUUGGCUUCUCUGGCGACACCCUCAUCACCUGGGCUUCGUUGCAAUUCCAGCCCGAGUUCACAGCGACAGCAUCCAACAUUGGCUAUGGCUGGUGGAGUCACGACAUCGGCGGCCAUUACGCUGGUGUGCGCUCCAACGAGCUGACGACACGCUGGGUCCAGUUCGGCUGCUUCUCGCCCAUCUUGCGACUGCACUCGGAGAAGAGCCAGUGGAACUCGAAGGAGCCAUGGCUGUACGAACCCGAAGCCCGCAAGGUGAUGACCGAGUACCUCCAACUUCGCUACCGCCUCAUCCCGUUCCUCUACACCAUGAACGUGCGCGCUUGCUACGAAUCCGAGCCCCUCAUGCAGCCCAUGUACUGGAAUCACAAGGACGAAGAGGCCUACACGGUGCCCAAUCAGUACUACUUUGGUCCAGACCUGAUCGUGGCCCCGAUCACCACGCCAAACGAUUCGUCCACCCUCAUGGGUAGCGUCCGCGCCUGGCUCCCGGAUACCGGCCGUCGGUACAUUGACAUUCGCCAUCCCAGUCUCGUCUACGACGGAGGCCGCUACGUGGACGUUCACCGUCCUCUGUCGGAGAUCCCGGUUUUUGCCAGGGAGGGAACCAUCAUCCCGCUGGACACGGCCAGAUCUUCAGGAUACCGUAAACACGGCGUCACCAGGCCCCGUUCAAUCACCAUCCAGCUUGUCGUCGGCGCGGACGCCUACUUUGAGCUCGUUGAGGAGCCAACCGAUGCUGUCCCGGCGGCACAGGCGGACCGCCCUGAUCCGUCCACCUUUGUCCGUACCCCGAUCCGCUGGAACCAGAAGGAGGGCAUCCUCACCAUCGGGCCAGAGGUCAACGGGAAGGGUGAGAAUCGGACGUGGACGCUUGAGUUGCUGGGUCACACCGAGAGAAUGAACCCGGACAUUUAUGGAGAAGACGAUGACGUGGACGAUGAAGCUUCUACAAGCGACCCAGAUGCCGGUCGAAACCAAACGGAGCGAGCCCAACGAAAACGCCGGAGAGAUAUACUGCGCAACACCGCUCUCCCGGGUGUCGUCCACGACCCCAGCCUCGCGGCGUUCAUUCCUGGUUACGGACCGGAACCACAUGCUGAGCAUAGUACCAGGCUGCACUUGGGUACCACUGGCACCAAGCCCGGAAUGUUGAGCUUUUUUCAGAUGCAGAGUAUGUUGGCCGCCCGCGCCCCCUCGCAGCAGUCGCAGGGCAAUAACGCCCACACGAAUAUGAUGUCUGCCGACGAAGGCAUCAACCAAAACGAGAGCCAGAGCCAGAACCCAUUCCAGACCCAAACCCAGACCCAGGACAAGAACGGCCAAACCCCGCCGGAAAAGCCCAACAAGGCUCAGGAGCAGCUCGUGUGCAAGCUCGGCAAGAACCUCCAGCUGGACGUGGUUGAUAUUCACGCUAGGUUGCAUCACAUGCUCUACAGGUGCGAGAUGGAGUACCCGAUGAAGCAGAUCAUUCUUGACCUUGUGACGAGGGAUGGGGGGGCACCGGUGAAGGAGAGGGUGGAGAGGUUGUGGAAGAUGGGAAAUGUGCCGGAGAGCGUCAAGAGCGCGGUGAUGGAGAUUUGGGCGGCUGAUUCGAGGAGUAAGGGGAGUGCGGCUGGGGUUGUUUACUUGAAGGGGGGUGAGGUGUUUCAGGGUGCGUUGGGUGCUCAGGUGGAAGGGGAGAAGAAUGAUGAUGAAGCGGAGGUGGUGGUAAAGGAGCGGGACUCGGGAAGCGAAAAGGAGUGGGAGGAGGACGUUAGGAGCGAGCAGAGUUAUGAGUUUGUUUGA